UUUUUAUGUAUUUUUUUCUUUAUAUUUAAAAUUAAAUGUCUAUUUAUCCUAAAGUCCUUGAGCCUACAAAAGAAUCAAAUCUUUGAUAAACAUAUAGUCUAUAUAACAUGUAUAUCAGUGUAUUAGUAUUCAAUACCUGGUAUCAGGUAUAGGUAUGUAAACCUCAAUCAGUAAUUCAUUUCCAGAAUAUUUACAUUAUUGAUAUAAAAUAGAAUUUAUUGUCAACUUUUGUGUAUUGAUGUAUGAAAUAUUGAGCGCCAAGUAAUUAAUAAUUCAACACAACACUUUUCCGAUAAUGUUUCGGUUGAUCAUGAUAUUUGUCUCUUGAAAUCAGCAUCAAAAUGGCGGAUUUCAUCAGGUAAAACAAGGUUGAGCACGGAACAGCUGAAAUAAAGUUUCUGAAAGUUGGAUUUAAGAAAUUGUCGGUGAAAAUCCAGGUUAACUCAUAAGAUGUCUUCUUUCUGGAACAUGAUUUGCUUUCCCCGAAGAAGAUUCUCUUCUGGACAAUCUAAAAACAAACAAAGACAAAGACGGCGUAACAAAGGGAAUGUUGUGACGUUACAAAGGCGGAAGUUACUGGACGAUACUGGAAAUUUUCAAGAUACACAAUCCGUCACUGCCCACGAAGCGACACAACCUGCGGAGAAACCGCCCCAAAAUAAUGUUCCUAACAAAAGAAGGCGUAUACAGGACAUUUUCAAUACAGAUCCACAUUCUCCGGCACUUCGCGACAGUGAACACACAUCUUUAGAUCCAUAUGAUCAUAAACAUAGUGAUAAUUUCACACACAUGAAAGUACCUAGUCUAUUUAUUGACAAUAACCGUCCUAAGAGACCCCAUAGUGACAUAAAUAAUGUUGAAAGUAUGUAUGGAUAUGUUCCAAAAACAAUGCAAAAUUUAUACACAUCUACAGCACUUGAAGGACAAAAGAUUGAAGAUUAUUUCUCUAGCUUACACAAUGAUAUUUAUUUUUCUAAAUUUGCAAAUUCUGAAGCAGUAACCAAAGAUAAAACUGAAAGUAUCUUACAAAGAGUACCGUUUACGCGUGCGUCAAGUUUGACGUCCGCACCAGAGGAAAAAGUGUCGUUACUAGAAGAAAAUUAUCCUGAUAAUGAAAUGGACAUAGGUCAGUUUAACGAUGUAAAUCAAUGGGAAACCCCGUUAGCGCCAAGGACAGAAUACAACAUGGAAGAAAACUUUCGUUCAAUAUUUAACUCGGUAGAAGAGGUUCUGUACUAGUAGUUUACUAAAUAUUUUAUUGCAAAAACUUGAUCUAAGUUCACUAAUUUGCAAUAUGUAUCUACGGUCUAAUUAUGAAGAAACUGUUGCAUAUACACAGAUGGAUGAAUUCGUAGGAUGUUAACUGAGUACUUAAUAUUAGUUUCGGAAAAGUACAGUUUCUUGUAAAAACUUGAUCUUAUAGUCGUGAACUUGCAAUAUACAUUCUAAUUAUGUAGCUGCAUACGAAAAGAUGGAUGGAUUCGCCUCAAUAGCCAAAGGGCUACUGUUGACUGUAUCCGUUUGAUUGUUUAUCCGUCAAUCGAUGACGUUGGAUGAUUCGAAUUUUUAGCUUUAAAAUAUUUUUAUAUUUGCCAGUAAUAUAACUGCAGGGUACUGAUCAAACUGUUUGUCAUUGUUUUAUUUGUUGAA